AUGGUCAGUCGUGUACCAUGGUUCGAUCGCCUAUUGGAUGACACAGGCGAAUACUUCUGCGGUGGAAUCGUACUUGGGUCGGUUUCUCACAUGUUUUCAGGCAUGUACAACUCUCCUACAGGUGAGUGCUUGAUCCGGGGCUCACGAGCUGUACGCAUGAACGCCCCCCGUUGUGGUGGGUACCUAGCCGUCUAUGGUGGUCUUGCCUCUGUCUUGGAAAGUUGUAUGGUGUAUGCAAGGCAAAAGGAUGAUCCCUGGAAUUUCAUCCUCGCUGGUGCCGCUGCCUCCGGAUUCCAAGAUAUGCGCCAUGGCCUUGGCAUGGCUUCACGCUCGGGUCUCGCUCUUGGCUCGAUCCGCUUCCUCGGAGUGGGUACUGAUAUCUUGCUUAAUAAGAUCGCGAGUAAUGUCCAGUCCCCACAACUCGACUCCAACUUUGAAGAAUAA